GGGAACUGAACUCACGGCUGAGCUCUGAUACCACACUGAUGAGUAAAUGGCUUACUCUUAAUGCCAAUGUACUCUUACGGAACCUGGUGCAAGUGGUGGGACUAUAUAGCUUCAUGUUCAACCUGUCACCUCAACUCACCCUCCUCUCUCUGCUCAACUUGCCCAUCUCAUCAGCAGCCGAAAAAGUGUAUACUAUACGCCAUCAGGCAGUGCUCCUGGAGAUCCAGGAUGCUACGGCGAAGGCAGGACAGAUUGUGCAGGAGGCAGUUGGAGGGCUGCAGACUGUCCGGAGUUUCGGGGCUGAGGAGCAUGAGGUCUGUCGCUAUAAGGAGGCCCUUGAACGUUGCCGGAAGCUGUGGUGGAGACGAGAUCUGGAACGAGCCCUGUAUCUGCUCUUCCAGAAGUUACUGGAAUUGGCAGUGAAGGUGCUGAUGCUGAACUGUGGCCUGCAACAGAUACUGGCCGGGGAGCUCACGAAGGGUGGGCUGCUCUCGUUUCUGCUCUACCAGGAGGAUGUGGGGAACAAUGUGUUUAGCCUGGUAUACAUGUGGGGAGAUAUGCUGAGCAAUGUGGGAGCUGCGGAGAAGGUUUUUAGCUACCUGGACCGCCAACCAAACCUGCCUCCAUCAGGGACACUGGCGCCUUCCGAAGUGGAGGGGCUUGUGGAAUUCCAAGAUGUCUCCUUUGCGUACCCCAAUCGCCCUGACCAGCCUGUGCUCAAGGGCCUGACGUUCACCCUUCGUCCUGGUGAGAUGACUGCACUGGUGGGGCCCAAUGGGUCUGGGAAGAGCACAGUGGCUGCCCUGCUGCAGAAUCUCUACCAGCCCACAGGGGGCCGGCUGCUGCUGGAUGGGGAGCCCAUCUCCCAAUACGAGCACCGCUACCUGCACAGAAAGGUAGUUUUGGUUGGGCAGGAGCCUGUGCUCUUCUCAGGCUCCGUGAGAGACAACAUUGCUUAUGGGCUGGAGAACUGCAAGGAUGAGGAGGUUAUGGCUGCUGCCAAGGAUGCCCAUGCAGAUAAAUUCAUAGCGGAGAUGGAGCACGGGAUACAUACAGAUGUAGGUGAGAAAGGAAGUCAGCUGGCUGUGGGACAGAAACAGUGUGUGGCCAUUGCCCGGGCCCUUGUACGAGAACCAAAGGUCCUCAUUCUGGAUGAGGCCACCAGUGCCCUGGACGUUGAAUGUGAGCAGGCGCUGCAAGACUGGAGAGCCCGUGGGAAGAGAACAGCGCUGGUGAUCGCCCACAGGCUGGAGACUGUUCAGAGUGCUAACCAGAUCCUGGUGCUCAAGCAGGGGGAGCUGCAGGACCAUGCCCAGCUCACAGAGAAGCAGGACCCCUAUGCCCACCUGGUACACCAGAUGCAGCAACAACUGGAGGACUGA